AUGGCGGUUGGCAAGAACAAGCGACUUACGAAGGGAGGAAAGAAGGGAGGAAAGAAGAAGGCUGGUGAUCCUUUCCUUCGCAAGGAGUGGUAUGACAUCAAGGCUCCCAGCAUGUUCUCGGUGCGACAGUGCGGUAAGACCUUGGUGUCUCGAACUCAAGGAACCAAGAUUGCCACGGAAGAGCUGAAAGGCCGAGUGCUUGAGGUGAACCUCGCCGACCUGAACAAUGAUGAGGAUCAGGCCUCCAAGAAGAUCAGGCUGUGCAUUGAGGAGGUCCAGGGUCGCAGUUGCCUGACCGACUUCCACGGUAUGACGCUGACCCGUGACAAGAUUUGCUCUCUCAUCAAGAAGUGGCAGACAUUGAUUGAGGCACAUGUUGACGUGAAGACCACUGACAACUAUGUCGUUCGCCUCUUCUGCAUUGCCUUCACCAAGCGCCGUCCCGACCAAGUGAGGGCCAACUGCUACGCUCAGUCUGCGCAGAUUCGAAAGAUUCGCAAGAAGAUGGUGGAAAUCAUGACGCAGGAGGCCAGCAAAGUACAGCUCCGGGAGUUGGUGAAGAAGCUGAUUCCAGAGUCCAUUGGGAAAGAAAUUGAGAAGCAGACCCAAGGGAUUUUCCCAUUGAAGGAUUGCUUGAUUCGCAAGGUGAAGAUCUUGAAAAAGCCCAAGUUUGACAUUACCAAGCUCAUGGAGCUUCAUGGUGAUGGUGGGGACGACGUUGGUGUUGAGAUGAUGCGCCCAGAAGCGGAUGAUGCCAUGAACACCUUGACAGCAGAUGUGGCAGCAGCAGCGGAUGAUGAGUGA